CUAUUAUUCUCGUAUAAAACAUCUGAUCUUCAUUCUUGCUUUAGUAAUUAUAUUUCAUGUGAUUAUAGCUUAAAAGUUGAUUGUUAAAUUGAACUUUUGCAAAAUGUUAAGAUCAAUAGUGAAAUCUUUAAUUUUUAAUCAAUCAGUCUUACCUCAUACACCAGUUGGUCCAAGUGCCAUUUCAGCCUUACAAACCCGCAAUAUUUAUUACGACCGUAACACCAGUCAACCUCAUACACAUCCAGAGGCUCUCAAGAGAUAUUUCAGACUUCGUUGGGGUGGUUGGAUUCGUGCAAGACCAGGCUUUAAACGACACUUAUGGAGGAAACCAUUCUGGCUGCGUUGGUGGGCAAGUCAACAUAUUUUUGUGAAAAAAGAGGAAUGUGAAAUUCUGGAAAGGAUGAUCGCUCCAAAAUACAAAAAGUCUCGUUAUUUUGUUGAUGAUAUUUACGAACCUUACCAUAAGCGAACCAAUUUUGAUACAUGCCCACCUGGACGAAGUCGAGUCAGCUCUAGCUGGGUUAAGACUGCACAAGAAAAUUUGUAAUUGAAUGAGUGCAUCAAAGUAAAUGCAUAAGAAUAAAUUAAGUAGAUUCAAUAUUUAA